GCUUCGCCAUGGUGGAGCGAGGCGACGCGGCGCCGCUGCUGCGCUGGGCCGAGGGCCCCGCCGUCUCCCCGCCGCAGGCCCCGGAGCUGCAGGCUGGAGGCCGGGGCUGGGGCGGCGGCGGGGGCGGCCGGGUGGCCGCGGAGCAGCGCAGGAGGCGGGAGACCGAGGAGCUGGGCGCCUCCGAGGUGCUGCUGCAGCCCGGGCGCCUGGAGCUGGGCGACGUGGAGGAGGACCAGGUGGUGGCCGUGUUCGUGGUCACCUUCGAUCCCCGCUCGGGAAAUAUGGUAGAAUGGUGUCUACCUCAAGAUAUUGACCUUGAAGGCGUUGAGUUCAAGUCUAUGGCCAGUGGGUCCCAUAAAAUCCAGUCUGAUUUCAUCUAUUUCCGGAAGGGACCCUUCUUCGGCCUGGCCUGCUUCGCCAACAUGCCCGUGGAGAGCGAGCUGGAGCGGGGAGCGCGCAUGAAGUCUGUGGGCAUCCUGUCUCCGUCCUACACCCUGCUUUACCGGUACAUGCACUUCUUGGAGAACCAGGUUCGACACCAGUUGGAGACGCCGGGACAUUACUCCCAUCUGGCUGCCUUCUAUGAGGACAAGAAGGGGGUGCUCCAUGCCGGUCCCGGGAGAGGUGGCGGCCUGCCCCCCGUCUACUGGCUGCCGUCCAUCCACCGGUACAUGUACCCUGAGAUGAAGAUCACACACCCAGCUGGCUGCAUGUCUCAGUUCAUUAAGUUCUUUGGAGAACAGAUCCUCAUCCUUUGGAAAUUUGCUUUACUUCGAAAGCGCAUUUUGAUAUUUUCUCCCCCUCCUGUGGGCGUCGUGUGCUACAGAGUGUACUGCUGCUGCUGCCUGGCCAACGUCUCGCUGCCUGGCAUUGGGGGCACCAUUCCCGAGUCCAAGCCUUUCUUCUACGUGAACGUGGCUGACAUCGAGAGCCUGGAGGUGGAGGUGUCCUACGUGGCCUGCACCACAGAGAAGAUUUUCGAGGAGAAGCGGGAGCUGUACGAUGUCUACGUGGAUAACCAGAACGUGAAGACGCACCACGGCCACCUGCAGCCCCUGCUGAAGAUCAACAGCGCCGACCGGGAGAAGUACCGGCGGCUCAACGAGCAGAGGCAGACGCUGCUGUACUCCCAGGAGGUGGAUGGGGACUGCGGCCCCUGUGAAGAGGACCUGUUUGUGCUGUUUUUCCUAGAGCAAAACAACCGGAUAUUCCAGACUUUGCUGGAGGUGUCCGCCAGUCAAGACAAAACCCUGACAGCCGAGCACGCCCGGGGCAUGGGCCUGGACCCCCAGGGAGACCGCAGCUUCCUCAUGGACCUGCUGGAGGCCUACGGCAUCGACGUCAUGUUGGUCAUCGACAACCCCUGUUGCCCGUAGGAGGAGCAAGCUGGGCUGGUGAGCCGCUCUCAUGAGGGACUUGAGCCUGGCCCCAGAAGGCUCAUUUUUUACGAAGGGGACACAAAGGAAUACUGUUUAUAUCCCCCACCAAAUGUACUUUUGGCAGUCUCCAUGCUUCCGUGCUCCGGAGAGGGAAGAUGAGACUGCCGUGGUUUUGGGUCCUGCUUUGCAGGACGCCGGCGUCCGCCCCGCUCCUGCAGGGUCUGCCUGGUUUGGUCUUCGGCGUUCUUUUCAACGUUCAUUCUCUCACCUCCCUGUUGAGUGACUUGAGAUGUGGCGAAGGCCCUGUGGCAGUAGGAGCGGGCUGAGCUCCGGACGCACUGGGGCGGACUGUUUGGGAAGUCCGUGUGGUCUGCGUCCCUUGAUGUACUCAGAAUGGGACCGCUGUCUUCCCAGAGUGGCCUUGGAUGUCCAUCUCACUGAUGGCGGAAGCUAGACCGUGACCUUUCAAGGUUUUUAUCAGUUCUGGGAGCCCCAUCUUGGGAUCGGAUCCAUUUUCCUGUUUAUGAGGACAAACUGGUGUUGUUUUGUGAGUAGAGACCUCGAAGUGGGACAAGGGGAUGUUCCUGACACCAAGUACGAGCUUCUCUAAGGACAGGGUGGCAGGGAGAGGUCGCUUGUCGGUCAGCUGACAACUGACAUUGUAGCAUGGAGCCUUGAAAUUUGCCUCCAAGUUGAUGGCGGCCACUCAGUGUAAUACUCCUCGUUCUCAGAGUCUCCCCCGAAACCCUUGGUUGGCAAAUUGCCAAGGGCCAGCGCUGGCCCUGGAGUUUGUGAGCAAAUUCAUUUUCCAACUGAGUCUCCUUUAAGGGCUAACCAUCCUCUUGGAAUCCUUUGGGUAUUUCUAAAGGAAGAUGGAGGAACUGGGGUGCAGGGUAGAGAAGAGGUGUCUUCAUCCGGAUGAGCCCUCGGGUGGCGUUACAGCAGGGUCCCUGGGUGGGGACAGAGUCGCGGGACGCGGUAGUCUAGCCGGGAGCUGAGCGGGUGGCUUGGGACGCUGGGUGUGUUGACGAGACUGUGCAUCAGCUCGGAGCCUCGCAAACGUCUCCUGCGCAGAGAGGAUGCUCCUUGAGCUAAGUAAGUGGGCCAGGGACCCAGCAGGUGUGCUAGAGAGCGACUGUGACCGUGCCUUCGCCCAGCAAUGUGGUCAGGAGCCCCAUGCGUCAGGGAUGAGUUUCUGCCCUCCUCCAAAAGGUGGUGGUCUGGCCACCUCCCCACGGUCCCCGCUUGUUCCCUUUGGCUGGGCGUGCGCUGGGUGUCAGCAUGGCUGAGGCGGUGACUGUGAACCGCAGGAAGCCGGCUCCUUCGAGUAGAGCCUUGGGGCCAUGAUUUAGGGUUUUGACUUGGGAUGCUAGGUCACUGGUGAUGAGUAGUGCCUCCCCCUCCACCCUUCCUGCGCAGAGGCUCCCAGAGUGGCUGUCAGCCAACCGGUGCCUGUGAGCAGGCCCCCGCCAGGCCGGCAAACACAGCAGAGGGGUAACCUCCAAACGGGCGGAUCACGUGUCUGAUCGCAAGACUAGCUUUUUAGGGCUUAUUGCUUUACUCAAACAUAUUUUCACAGUAGCUCCAUAAUCCAGAACUCAGGUCCACAGAGAUUCAUGUGCAGAACUGCAGAGAGACAUGGAUCCGUCAAGGUAGCACCGGUUACGUAAAUACAUAAGUACGUUCGGGCACUGAAAGGCAAACUGCACAACUAAUGCGUUUCUCUCCUCUGCCGUGUGGGCUUAGCACCCUGUUGGUAACACACACGCUUACAAAAGAGAAAGCUCUGUGUGUAGGAGCUGAAGCUUCACUGCUCUUUUCCUUGAAGGGGAACCUUUCCCUCUUGCCUCUCAGAGCGGCCUAGGGGGCUCAAGUCCCGGCUGUUCAUGGUGCCCAGAAGGUUCAAGGGUUCCUUACAUGGGGGGCGGGUGAUCAGAGGGGGGGUCGGGGUGAAAGGGCGGGUCGGAUUCUCUCAGAGGACACAGGCCGACCCUCUGGCUGUGGGAUCGGGCAAUCUGUUGGAAGGAUGCUCCUUUUAAGCACUCCUGCCGCAGUUUGCACGCGGACGCUCGGCGUCUGUGGUUUGUGACUCCGAGCUCCAAGUGCUGAGGCGUAGGCAGUGGGGUGAGGAGGGGCUCCCUGCAGUUCCCUUUGAGCGUGGGCUCCUCUAGGCCCCGCACCGCUGUAGGCAGCUGUCUGUCUGGCACGUCCGCGCAUCCACCCUGGUGCUCGUGCACGGGCGCUGGGGGCUGGGCGGGGCACGUACCCCCAAAGCAGAACGCGUGUGUCCCCUCCCUUUGCUCCCUCCCUGCACUGCAGCUUCCCCGCGAGGCCGGGAACCCAGGGUGGCGCCACCUGCGCCUGGCUGCCCAGCCUGCUCCCUGGCUCUCGGGUGACCUUUGUCCGGUGUGGGGUGUGUCAUCUCCCGAGUACUUCUUGCCUUGAUCGAGAUACGGAGGUCACCUCCUGAGGGCUUCCUUCGAACCUGACUCCCCUGUCCCCCUGCCUUCCCCCCGGUGCCUCAGGUGGGCAGCCCAGCCCGGCAUCAUUUGCCACCCAUUUUCUAGAAGGGGAAUGAGAUUGGGGCGCACCGGGCAGCAGUCCCUGCGCAAUGGCAGCAGGAGCUGGCAGCCACGUGGAUGUGGUUUUCCGUCCCUGUUGACAGUUUCUGAGAAACCACCCACUUUGGUUUGGAAGAUGCUGGUGAGCAUCCUCUGAGGCCCUGCCUUCCAGGUCUGGAAGCUCUGGGGGGCCAGCGGUGACUCUUGUGACUCGGGCCCCCCGGGAGGGGUUGGAAACUGCACAUGGGCGGGGUCCCUUGACUGAGGGGCGUUGCUGGAGCGCACCCUCCCCUGUCGCAGCUGCUGGGCCCCCUGGGGAAUCCCAGCCUGCCCUACUGUCAUGCUGGGAGCUGUGUGCCCGCCUGGGAACAGCACCCACCUGCCACCUGGCUUGCCCUCUUGUCCUGAGACCGUGUUCGAAGAAGUUGCGGGUGGCAGGAGUCCUUGUGGGCCUAGAAGCCAGCCUCGGGGUUUACGGAGGUCAAAGUGGGUUUCCCUGGGUCUGCCAGCUUGGAGGAUGGGGGUGGCCAGCCGCUGUGACAGUACCAGGUCCUCCAGCUUGGGGCUCGCUCUUUGGCGGGGGUCAGGAAUGGCAGGGCUUCUCUCCCACCAAUUAGAAAGAGUGGGCCAAGUCCACGGCUGAGAAUUCGCUUUGGCUCUCGUCAAGCGCGGCGCCUGCUCAGGCCUCGUGCGGGUCUGUCCCAGGGCAAGCGGCGCAGCUGGGCCCAUGCCGCGUCCUCUGAGAACUGCGACGGCCGUGACCCAAAGGCACUCCCUCCACGCCCACCGUCCCUUACGGCGCCCCUUCUUCCAUUCGGCUGCGGAAGGGACGCCGAAUCCACCCGAGUACUGGUGGAAGUAACUGAGCAUAGGAAUUUGCAUCUGUACCUUAGCCUUGUUUCCUUUCACAGGAGAGUCAAGAUGGGAAAUUGAAGUGUAGCACCGGCGCAGGUAAUUCUAAAUACGACGUGGUAGGAUUCAUUUAUCGGUGUAACGACCUGCGAUCUUUCAGCUAGAAGGUAAAGAUCAAUUAAAUCAUGGCCGAACAACUGCUUUUCCUCCUGGUGGCGAUGAGGACGAACUGGCUAUUUGUCUUGAUACACUGAAAGCCCUUCAAAUACAAUAAAAAUGUGAGAUAAUUCACCUUUAAACUGAGGCCUUUAGGGAACCUUCUGCAAAGGGCAGUAAUGAAUUAACCUUUUAACGGAAGUACAGGAACCCUCCAGGUAGAGGCUGGGACCUCAGGGACCAUUGUUUUUGUUUUUGUUUUUGUUUUUUUGAUGAAACUACAUAGCCCAGGGACCGGAUGAGAUGCUUUCUCCAGGCCCGGGGCAGCGCCUCCUCGCAGAGGUGAGGGAGGGGGUGAAACCAGAAGGCUGCAUUCUGACCGUGAACUUGCCUGAGCGUGAUGACGGCUCUGAGAGAGCAGGGAGGCUCACCCCCGGACCGGGGACCGGGGACGCCGCGCGCCCAGCUCUAUCUCCCUGUGGGGUUCCUCGCGAGGGGGCUGGGAGUUGGAGGAAGGUCCAGGCCAUGGCUCCCCCCUGCCCUUCUCUGCUCCCUCCAGUGUCCCGCUGGGCGAGGGCCCUGCGGACCAGAGGCUUCCGGGAAAGCCCUUUUCUGAUUCAGGGAGGGGACGACAAGGAGUGGCGGGCUCCUUUUACUCCCAGGUGAUGGACUUCUAAUGUUCCAUUUGUGUUACUAAUAUACCUCUGUUCCCAGGAGCUGUUGGAGCGUGGAAUGUUAGGGGGAAAGGCUAACUGUGAAUUAAGUUCGUGUUUUUCUUAUGAGAAAUGGAAGUUUAUUUUUGUAUCAUUAUUAGUGUGAUGACAUGAGUUUGCAGAUGUUGAAGUGGAAAGACAUCUCUAAGCUGUAAUUUUAGGAGAAAUGGGCAGUUUUAGAAUUUGGAAGACACUGAGACCCCAUAAAAGUGUUAUGACUUCAGUGUUUCGGAGAGUGAAUAGAGACUGUGAUUCUUCAGGAGACAAACCUGACACUCCUAGGGAGGAUGACAUGUAGUCCCCAACCUUAGGUAAGACUCUCAUACAAAAAGGGGGUAAAUGUGGGAAAUAGUUUUAUAACUAGCACUUUCGUUCACUUUUGGAGUUGGAAGAGAGGCGGUUGGAUGAAGCUGCACGUUCAGAAAGGAAAUCAGGACUUUCUAGCGCUACUGAAUAUAUGAAUAAUAAUGGAGAAGCUCUGCUUUCAUUUCUUUAGUUUAUUCUAGAAGCUCAGCAUAGCAUGGCCUUUCAGAGGUAAUAGGAUCUAAAUUCAGAAAAUUGACUUAAUCGCUGUAGCAGGAGGUACAUGGGAUCACGUGUUUGCUGUAGAACGCCCACCUAGACUAAGGAUCCGUUUACUCGCUUUCUGAGGACAGUUAGGGAUGCGGGGGACGCAGGGGUCGGGGGUAGGGCGUUAUAAA